AUGUCGGGCUUUGAGAGCCACAACGCAACGACGGGCAGAAGCAACGCAUCAACAGGUGGAGGCAAUGCUUCGACAGGCGGAGGCAAUGCUUCGAUAGGCGGAGGCAAUGCUUCGAUAGGCGGAGGCAAUGCUUCGAUUGGCGGCAAUGAAUUGACACGCGGAGACAAUGCAUUGACAGGCGGCAAUGCUUCGACAGGCGGAGGCAAUGCAUCAACAGGCGGCGGCAACGCAGCAAUGAGUACUCUCAUCCCAAGCGCCGUGGGUGCUGCUUCUAGCAUCGCAACAUGGCCAUUGGGCAAAGCAACAGCAAGGCGCUACCUUGAUGCCUACUUCGAAUCAGCAAACAAAACACUUUCUGCCUUCCUUCACAAGCCCAGCAUUCUGGCUGAGUGGAGCAGCGACGCCCUCGAUCCGCAUCUACUGAAAUGCAUCGUGGCGUUUGGUUUGUUUAUGAGUGACGGCCAUCGCGCAACGGCUCGGGCUUGGAUGCAGGAUGUGCAGAAUUACGCCUUCGGGAGGAUAGGCAGACAGUCGGUGUCGCAUUUGAGAAUCCUAGUGAUCUUGCUGCGAUUUCGCUUCCAUGCGGGUGACUUCUCAGAUGCUUGGAGCAUUUUGGCUAUCGCUGCUCGCUCGGCUUUCACUAUGCGACUCAACUAUGAGCAAAAUGGAUUGGAUCCGCUUCUCCAGGAGUCCAAUCGGCGGUUGGUCUGGGCAAUCUACCAACUCGAUUGUCUGUAUUCUGGCGGGAUGGAAGACCUGACUGUCUGUCCUGUGGAGAGAAUGCAUAUCCGCUUACCGUGCGACGAGCGGGGUUUUGAGAUGGGGUCUCUAUCAAAGGCUGGGUAUCUCAAUGAUGUUGGCUUUGAACCUGGCGCGAACAUGGACGCCCAUGCAUUUAAGCUCAGGCUUCUCGCCAUUAGGGAUAGAAUUUUAAGAUAUACCAAAGACGUCCGACGAAAGGGCAAUAGCCCAGUUGAGAGCCGUGCCGCAAUGGAGGCUCUUCAGGUCGAGCUCAACACGUUUGAGCGAAACCUCCCAGUGGAACUCAAGCUCACUCCGCAGAGACUCGUUGUCAUGGGCCACUCUCGGCAGGCUGGAACCUACGCCGGGCUCCACGCGCUUUGGAUGAUGUGUCACUGUGAUCUCUAUCGCUUCUGUGUUCCCGGAAUCCGGGAGUCGGUUUCGAAAGAUGCCUUGGCUCAGACGCCUUCGAACUUUAUAGGGUACUGUCAACAAGCUUGCUUGAAUACGGCGGUUCGGCUAUGCAGCCUGUGGUCUGACUUGUAUCAUCUUGGGUCCAGCGAGUAUUUUGGCGACGAGUUCCUGGCGGUGUCAAUCUAUCAAGUAGCACAGAUCCUGCAUCACCUCCCUCACCUCAUGCCGGGUCACGGGGAAAACAGCGUCGCGUCCUUGAAGGAGAAGCUCACCGAAGCAUUGCAGCUUGCUGCACCGCUGAAACGGGUAUACGCCAGUGUGGGGAAAUGCCUUGUGGACAGUGAACAGCUGGUCAGCGCACUCGGGCAAGGACCUGUUGCCAGGGCUUCUCCGGAUGUCACUGCCACAGCGGGCAUGUAUACUGCGCGAGAACAUCUCGCUUCAAAACACUCGGUGUUGCCGCAUUUGUACAUGGAUCAGGAUCCCGUCGAAGAUGGUGCAAGUUCUCAAGCGGCUUCUCAGCGGCAUGGAAGGGGAGAGGCGACUCAUUCCGGCUUGAGUCUGGGUACCUUGAAUCAGGAGCAGGAGACUGAGUCUGGGCUUUCUGAGAUGUUCCUCUUUGACCCGUUCAACAUGCGGCUGAACGGGUAUUAUGAUCCUAACCUUGCUUUACCGUUGAUUUAA